AGAUAUUUAAAAAUCUAGUUAGGAGAAACAGGAAGAAGCGGUCCUGUUCUUGUGUUGGGUAGAAGAAGAAGGAAGGGAGGUCAUCACAUGGGUUCAGAAGGAGAAUCAGCAACGCCACCAAACGCAAAAGAUGCGAAAGACUGGGUGGAGGAUCUGCAACGUACUGUCAUUCAAUCUAAAGACUCUGCUCUUCGCUCUGCUCGUUCUCUUCAACAAAACUCUUCAACCCAUCUUCGUUCCUUGCAGGAUUCUCUUCCCGAUGUUGUCACCCGUUAUACAGUUUACGAACAAACUUUCCUCAACAAAGUCAAAGAGCAGUUGAAGAGUGCACGGGAACACCCUGGUGCAGCUAUUGGGAUUUCUGUAUCUGCUGGUUUCCUUCUUUUGCGAGGCCCGAGGAGAUUUUUGUUUCGCCAUACAUUGGGUCGACUUCAAAGUGAGGAGGCAAAGUUUGUCAGGACAGAGAAUAAUGUCAAAGAGUUGACCCUUUCUGUUGAUUUGAUGAAGAAGGAGAGCAAAAAACUGCUUGAAAGGGCAAGUCUUGCUGAAAAGGAUAUGAAGCGUGGAGAAACGGAGCUCUUGAAUGCUGGAAGUCAAGUUCGGAGUCUUGCGAAACAAGCUUACAAAGUUGAAUCCCAAGCUGCAGAUUUGAUGGAAGGCCUGAGAGAAAUCCCCGGUAGGGAGGCAUUGAAACUUAGAGCUGAGGUUGCUUCUACGGUUUCACUUCUGAAGCGGCAGAGGGUUGCCCUGGACAAAAGGAUAAUGAAGAUCUCUGAGUUAGGGGUUCCUGUCUGAUUACAUGUAGAAAUUUUGCAAAUUACUAAGAAUUUUGGUUUUCAGUUGCAUUACAAACUGCUUGGUUAUUCCGGUUAUGUACGAGCACUAGAGGAUUGAAAUAAAAGGAAAAGCUGCUUUUUUCGAAUGUUAAA